AUGAAAUGAAAAUCGGUUGCCUAGAUCUUUGGAUACAAAAUACAGUGAACGAAGCAAAAGGAAACUUUGACUUGUAAAACAGAUGUCCAACAGGCAUGUAACUGGUCUGUAGGCUUGCUUUAAAAUGGAGAAUGUUGAUAAUGAACAGUCCGUGGAACAGUUUAACCAAAAUCAGAGUUGACAUCGCUAAGUGCAAUGUCAGUGACAUUCCAAGGCUCAACUAAAGUGACGGAGACAGCACAAACGUGAUCACGACAGAUCCGGACCCACUGCAGCCAAAUAAGGAAUGCCUGCAUCCAAAGAUUGGAUCCAAAUAUUCACCUGAAAAUCUAGAGCUCGGGCGGGUGGACCCACUUUUGAUGAGAUUCUGGGAGGACCAACAACUCACUCUGUCAACUAAAGGUAAACUGGAGGACUCAGCUACAAUGCUUUGGGCAUGAUCUGCCCAGAGUAUCCAGUGCCGAAAAACAAGAAGCCAGCUUCAACUAGUCGGGUGUCCAGAAUCUUCUGUAGAUAUCAUCCAGUGAUAAGGAAUUAGAAAGUGUAGAGAAGGGGCUUAGGGGUUUGGGCAGGGGGCUGCUGGUGCAUGUGGGGGCUGUGCCCAUCCCUUGCUGCAGAGUGGAAGCCCGUCUCGCCCAUGCCGUCCCCUGCCCAGGCCAGACUCGCCACACUCUGCAAUGGUGACAUGAGUGCCUGCAUUACGGAGGAGCCCAAAAUAAACCCAUCUUUUUCACUGUCUUUCUGUAGAAAACAAAUAAUAGACUUGAAUGUUUACUUGUGAAUAGAGGACUGUGUACAUACUGAUUAGCGUGGCCGCAAGGUGAUGAUGCUGAUGUGUGGGCGUGUGAGGCGGCUCUUCCGUCAGCUCACACUGCAGACCAGCCUGCUGCUGCUCUUCCUUUUCUGCAUGGUCAGUGUCCUCAUCUCAGCUUAUUUCCUGUAUGGAGUCAAACGGGAGUUUGAACCAGCAGGAGUUGGGAGUGUUGUGGUCCCAGAAGAAGGUAUGGCCGAUUGGGAAGAUCCCUGGGCAACUCCCUCCCCUCCAUCAGCAAGGGUGCUUCCCGCAAGAACUGCCAAACCAGCGGACAUGUCUCGAACUGACCCUGUGGUGCUGGUCUUUGUGGAGAGCUUGUACUCCCAGUUGGGCCAGGACAUCGUGGCCAUUUUGGAAUCUGGGCGAUUCCGCUACCAGACAGAGAUUGCACCUGGAAAGGGCGAUAUGCCUACACUCACAGACAAGAACCGGGGCCGAUUUACACUGGUCAUCUACGAGAACAUCCUCAAGUAUGUCAACCUGGAUGCCUGGAACAGAGAGUUGCUGGACAAGUACUGUGUGGAGUAUGGUGUUGGUAUCAUUGGAUUUUUCAAGGCUAAUGAGAACAGUUUGCAGAGUGCCCAGCUGAAGGGUUUUCCUCUAUUCCUGCACUCUAAUCUGGGUUUAAGGGACUGUAGUGUCAACCCCAAGUCUCCCCUACUGCUCAUCACCAAGGCCCGCGAAGUGGAGCACGGUCCCUUACCUGGAGAUGACUGGACUGUCUUCCAGUCUAACCACACCACAUACGAGCCUGUGCUGUUUGCUCGUGGCCGGAGUAUGGAGGCUGGUGGAGCACCAGGACCUCUUCAUGCAGCGGUGGUACAGGAUUUGGGUCUUCACGAUGGCAUUCAGCGGGUACUCUUUGGCAAUAACCUGAAUUUUUGGCUGCACAAACUGGUGCUGGUGGACGCAGUGAGUUUCUUGACAGGCAAGCGUCUGUCACUGGCUUUGGAGCGCUACAUACUGGUGGAUAUUGAUGACAUCUUUGUUGGGAAAGAAGGCACACGCAUGAAGGUGUCUGACGUCAAGGCGCUACUGGAGACACAGAACGAACUCCGAACCCAUGUACCCAAUUUUACCUUUAACCUGGGAUUCUCUGGAAAGUUCUUCCAUGCUGGCACAGAUGAGGAAGAUCUGGGAGAUGACCUCCUCCUAUCCUACAGUAAGGAGUUCUGGUGGUUCCCUCACAUGUGGAGUCACAUGCAACCGCAUCUCUUCCACAACCAGUCCGUGCUGGCCGAACAGAUGUUGCUCAACCGAAAGUUUGCAGAGGAGCAUGGCAUUCCCACAAACAUGGGUUAUGCGGUGGCUCCCCAUCACUCUGGAGUGUAUCCCAUCCAUAUGCAGCUGUACGAGGCCUGGAAGAAAGUGUGGGGCAUCAAGGUGACCAGUACAGAGGAGUACCCCCACCUCAAACCCGCCCGCUUCCGCAGGGGCUUCGCCCACAGUGGCAUCAAUGUGUUACCCAGGCAGACGUGUGGUCUCUUUACUCACACCAUCUUCUAUAAGGAGUAUCCUGGAGGCUCUAAAGAGCUGGAUAAACUCAUCAGUGGAGGAGAACUUUUCCUCACUGUGCUCCUCAAUCCAAUCAGUAUUUUCAUGACCCACCUCUCCAACUAUGGGAAUGACCGUCUUGGCUUGUACACCUUCAAGAACCUGGUGAAAUUUGUCCAGAUGUGGACCAACCUGAAGCUACAGACUCUCCCGCCUGUACAUCUGGCCCAGAGAUAUUUCCAAAUCUUCCCAGAAGAACGGGAACCCAUCUGGCAGGACCCCUGUGAGGACAAAAGACAUAAAGACAUUUGGUCUAAAGAGAAGACGUGCGACCGUUUUCCCAAGCUACUUAUCAUUGGACCUCAGAAGACUGGAACCACUGCCCUCUAUCUGUUUCUUGGCAUGCAUCCCGAUUUGACCAGCAACUACCCCAGCAAGGAAACCUUUGAGGAAAUCCAGUUCUUCAAUGGCCGAAACUACCACAAAGGCAUUGACUGGUACAUGGAGUAUUUCCCUCUACCUUCCAACACUAGCUCAGAUUUCUACUUCGAGAAAAGCGCCAACUACUUCGACUCGGAGGUCGCGGCCCGGCGAGCAGCUGCUCUUCUGCCCAAAGCCAAAAUCAUCACCAUUCUCAUCAACCCUGCUGACAGAGCCUAUUCCUGGUACCAGCAUCAGAGGGCUCAUGAUGAUCCUGUGGCACAAAAAUAUACAUUCCAUGACGUUAUCAUCGCUGGCCGGGACACGCCCAUCAAACUGAGGGUCCUGCAGAGCCGUUGUUUGCUGCCUGGUCUAUAUGCCACACACCUACAGCGCUGGCUCACACACUAUCACCCCAGCCAGAUCCUGGUCCUGGAUGGGCAGAUGCUGAGGACAGAACCAUCUUUAGUGAUGGACAAAAUCCAGAAGUUUCUAGGCCUGACUAACACACUCAACUACCACAAGAUCCUUGCAUUUGAUCCAAAGAAGGGCUUCUGGUGCCAGCUGCUAGAUGGAGGCAAGACAAAAUGCCUGGGGAAGAGUAAGGGGAGGAGAUAUCCUGACAUGGAUGUUGAUUCCCGGACCUUUCUGAGAGAGUACUACCACGAGCACAACAUUGAGCUCUCGAAGCUGCUGUACAAAAUGGGCCAGCCGCUGCCUAGCUGGCUCCGAGAGGAGCUGCUCCACAGCAGGUAGUCUGAGGAGGGGUGGGGACACACUGGUCAGACCACUGGUCAGACUCGGACACCCCUCUUCUAAUUUUGAGGGGACUCGCCCUCUUGUCCACCCCUGUCCGCCAUCUGCCAUGGCGGUUGGUCAAGUGUCCUCCAGUGGCCUUUCGGACCUCCUGUUCGGGGUACUGAGCUUCCAGAGGACAAGAUGGAGAGGUCGAGAAAAAGGCAAGGAAGAUGCACUAUGGUGCACCCAUGUAUCUGUUCUGUUUUGGAGAACAGUGAAGGGCCUAAGACAGAGCCUUGGGGUAUACCCACCAUAAGACCUCAACUCAAAAGGUGGAUCAGAAAGGGAGGCUUCAAAAAGACAUUAUACUGCUCUGGUGUGUUGAAGUGCUCAGUCAUAAUGUCAAAACAAAUGGACACCCUCACACGCAGCAUGGAAGAGGAGUGCACUCUACGGACAACACAUAAGUCAGUAACAGAUAAACAAGUGCCAGGGUAGAACCUUAAAGUCAGACUUUCUUUGUUUCCUUUGUUAAAUCUUCUUUUAACACUCAUUUCAUGUGUUGUGUUGCACAACACAAGGCUUUUUGCCUUGUAGUGUAAUUCUUCUGUUUUAAACUGUUUUGAAAUAAUAGGAUAUUGUGACCAUUUGUUACAACUGCACCCUCCAGGCUUCAAAUGUGACAUUUAAAGGUGAAAAUUCAUUAUGAUGUAUUUAUGGCUAUUUGCUGCAAAUUCACAGGACAACUUAAUGCGUGAUCAAUUGUGGUACUAAAACACAGAUAAGCUACAACCAUAAUCAAUGUGACUGUAAAUAUGAAACUGUAAAAAAGCUAUGUGUGUUGAUGGCUCAUUAUAUGUGCUGUAUCUGCCUUAAUGCUACUUUAUCAAGCCAAUUAAGGUUAAAUUCACAAAAUAUAUGAGCUGAGAUUUUUUUGACAUGCCUUGAGCAGCUGAUCUUUUAAUCUUAAUUUUAACGAUGAAUGUCGAGAACUGGAUCCACAAGUUAUUUGGCAUUAUAUCGCCAAUCUUACUGAAGUGUUCAUUAGUUUUUUCAGUGACGGUAUUGCCAUUUUAAUAAUGAUUCAUAGAUCUCCCACCAAUAAUAAUUUAUCAUCUUUUUUUAAAGGAAUGUUUUUCCCCUCAAUUUUUAUAUGAUUGUAUUGCAUAUCACAGCAUCUCAUCACAUUUCAUUCAGGGUUGACACCAGAAUGUGUCCAGGAAUAUAUUGCCUCUGCCAAGAGAUCGUUUAAAAGGCCAUUUUAUAUGACUUGUGUUUUGUAGGAACUGUUGAUCGCUACUGAACUGUAUGAAUUACACCCAUGAAUGUAAGCGAGGAUGCUAUAAAAUAUGCAUAAUGCCUUUUAGUGGCAGGCAGGGCAGUCCAUGGAAAGCCCCACAAAGCACCAUAACCCAGUACUGGGGCAAAAUUAAACCACUGCGUAAAUGGAUUUUAUUUCUCAAAAAUGUGCUGCUGAAAUGAGAAGUCAUGAAACGAACCAAAUCUCAUUUGAUGUAAAACAAAAUUAAUUGCGUUUAAAAUUAAUAAUUAUAAAAUUAAUAAUUAUAAAAUUAAUUUUGUUCUUUCCUUUUUUCCAUUUGUCUUUGAAAAGUUUUUGUGCACUUUCAUCUGUACUUCCGUGCACAAUUGCUUCACACAGCAUAUAUCUGUCUCUUCUAACAGCUGUGUAAUGUACCCUGUCAUCCAAAGAGGGCAUUCAUCAUCUUUUUCGACUCUACAGUCAGACACUAACUGGCGUUUGUCAUUUGAUGGCUUCCCAUUUCUAUUCAGGGCCUUGUCUGUAAGUGCAGCUUGUGGUCAAACCAUCUUCCAAAGCAUUUCAUAAUGAAAACACUUGUAGGUUCUGCAAAAAAGAAAAAAAAGAACGGCACGGAAAAGUAAAGAGUAAACUUAGUUUAAUCUUAAAUUACUCCAGAUAUUCCCUGCUUUAGGAGGGACAUUUGUGUAAGGGGUUAUAUGUGCUCAAUGCACAGUUAAAUAUAUUACCGAUGAAGAACUGACAGUAUCUCAGAGCGUUUAUUUUCAAUAAUACAGAUCUUAUUUGUAAAAACUGUAACUACACAUUAUUUUCUUCAUUGACCUCAAAGUAUGAUGCUUGAGAAGCACAAUGUGUUUGAUGUUGACCAAGGAGUGGAAAAACAUAAUGUAUACCUAUUGUGUAAGGAUAUCACUCCACACAAAGGUUUUGCACCGAACCACAGGAAGACUUUUGGCUCCACGGAACAUUUUGUAUUACCAGUACCUUUUAGAGAUAGUUUUACUGGGUCUUGGUUUAAAUGCAAGUAAAGUUUACAACUGUCUACGAUACAGAAGCAAGCAACUUACAUGCUGCUCUUGGGUUUGUCAUAAUUACAUACGUAAUACUCUUCUUUUUCUCUGAAUCUUAAUUUAGUAUUCCUGCUCCUUGGCUGACAACUGACAUCUAAUAAUGCAAUAUUGUGUUUCCUGGUAAAAUGGGAAAGUUUGCACCAAGCACAAAUUAAGUUUUAAUGAAAUUUCGGUCGCAUUGUACAGAACCCAUUUAUUAUGAGUGAAUGAAACAAAGAGAGAAUAUAAGAUAUGAAUGGACUGUAGUUGUUAUGGUUUUUUAUAUUCUGAUCACAUACAGAGGUGCAGAGAGGUCCUUGUGACUUUCACACUGCCAAUAUUGUGCUUUCUGUAUCAUAAUGUAGGGUAUCAGUAAAUAGAAAUAAAAUAACUAAGGAAAUAAUCAUCUGGACUAUACAAUCAAACCUACCAUUGUUAAUAUUUUUUAUUGUUGGUAGCCAAUAUUUUUGUGAUUUAUUUGCAAAUAAAGAAACCACUGUCUUUUUA